AGAGAACACGAGGUACGUGUCUUGCGUCCCAAAGCUGUAACGGUGUAAUGGACCUUGGUGCACCAUCGCACUCAUCGCGAGCUCAUUAUUAAGAGUUGGAGAAGUGAUCAGCUGUGGGAAGAGGAAGAGAGAUGGGUUGGGGGAGAGGAGAGAUGUUGCUUGCCCUAAUGGCGGCUCUGUACCUGAGCGCCGCCAUCACAGAAGCCGGAGUUCUCAACGUCGGUUUCUAUUCCUAUAGCUGCCCUCAAGCUGAGGCCAUCGUCAAGGAGGCGCUCAACGACGCUCUCGAGGAGGACUCUGGCAUCGGCGCUGACCUCCUCAGGAUGCAUUUCCAUGACUGCUUCGUAAGGGGGUGUGAUGGGUCAGUUCUUAUCGACUCCACCAAUGGCAACACCGCCGAGAAGGACGCAGAAAUCAACCAGACCAUCGAAGAUGAAGCGUUCCAAGUCAUCGACAAGGCCAAGAAGAAAUUGGAGGCUGUCUGCAAAGGAGUAGUCUCAUGUGCCGACAUUCUUGCAUUCGUUGCCAGGGACAGUGUUGCACAUUAUGGAGGAAUCUUCUACCAAGUCCCCGCGGGAAGGAGAGAUGGAAGGAUCUCCAGAUCAGUUGACACCGCCGAUCUCCCUACUGCGGAUCUCAAUCUCGCCAGGCUCACCAAUUCCUUCGCCAGGAAAGGGUUGAGCCAAAAUGAGAUGAUCAUACUAUCAGGAGCACAUACCAUUGGCGUUGCGCACUGCCCCUCGUUCUCCAACAGGCUGUACAACUUCAGCCGGAGUUCGAGCAGUGACCCGACGCUGGACGCGAGCUACGCCGCCGAGCUGAAGGAGGAGUGCCCUCCGGGGAGCAACAACGAGGUGAACAUGGAUCCGCCGAGCCCCCUCGUCUUCGACACCAGCUACUACCAAGGCAUCUUGAAGCACCGUGGUCUGUUCUCUUCUGACCAAACGCUGGUGUCGACGGCCUCCUCGGCGGCGAAGGUGACUCUGCUGGCGAGCAACUCUGUGGUCUUCAAGAGCGAGUUUGCAGCGGCCAUGGUGAAGAUGGGCGGUAUUGGAGUCCUCACCGGGAGGGCAGGAGAGAUACGUGGCAAUUGCAGGGUGGUCAACUGACUUAGCAAACGAGAUCUCCCGUGUUUCUUCUCUCUUCCCAAAGUAAUUGUCUACCAUUAAAGGCCACAUGCCAGUGUUACUUAUGUGAGUGAGACUUGUGGUAUUAUUCAAUAAAAGAUGUCGUCAAUCUA